AUGGCUACUCUCCUGGCUCUUGCAGCUCUGCUGCCCACUGCUCUGUCGCAGGCCAACACCAGCUACGUCGACUACCUCACCGAAGCCAACCCGGACCUGUACCCCCUCUGCCUGGCUACCCUGGACCUGUCUUUCCCUGACUGCCACAAUGGUCCUCUUAGCACGCACCUCAUCUGCAAUUCGUCUGCCUCUCCUUAUGAUCGUGCGGCGUCAUUGAUUUCUCUUUUCACUGUGGACGAACUCAUUGCCAACACGGGAAAUUCAGGACUGGGGGUGCCCCGGUUAGGCCUUCCCAACUAUGAAGUAUGGAGCGAAGCUCUACACGGCCUCGACCGGGCCAACUUCACAGACGAUGGUGCCUACAGCUGGGCCACCUCAUUUCCGAUGCCCAUUCUUACCACUGCCUCGCUCAACCGCACGCUGAUCCACCAGAUCGCGUCCAUCAUCUCCACCCAGGGCCGCGCCUUUAACAACGCCGGCCGCUACGGCCUCGACGUCUACGCCCCCAACAUUAACGCCUAUCGCCACCCCGUCUGGGGUCGAGGCCAGGAGACCCCUGGUGAGGACGUUACCAUCGCCUCGAUCUACGCUUACGAGUACAUCACCGGCAUCCAGGGCGACGAUCCGGUGCACCUCAAGCUGGCAGCCACGGCAAAGCAUUUUGCGGGCUAUGAUCUGGAGAACUGGCAUAACCACUCGCGUCUGGGCAACGACCUGAACAUCACCCAACAGGACUUAUCCGAAUACUUCACCCCCCAGUUCCACGUCGCCACCCGCGACGCUCACGUCCACAGCGUGAUGUGCUCCUACAACGCCGUCAACGGGGUGCCCUCCUGCGCCAGCUCCUUCUUCCUUCAGUCCCUCCUGCGCGACACCUUCUCCUUCGUCUCGGACGGCUAUGUGUCAAGUGACUGCGACUCCGUCUACAACGUCUUCAACCCGCAUGGCUACGCGGCCAACGAAUCCCAAGCCGCUGCGGACUCGCUUCUCGCAGGCACGGACAUCGACUGCGGCACCACAUACCAGUGGACAUUUAACGAAUCCCUCGCCUCCGGGGAAGUUUCCCGGGACGACAUCGAACGCGGAGUCAUCCGACUCUACUCGACCCUCGUUCGUCUGGGCUACUUUGACACGAGUGCCAACACCUCCGCCUACCGAUCCCUCACCUGGAAUGAUGUCCAGAAAACAGACGCUUGGAACGUCUCCUACGAAGCCGCCAUCCAAGGCAUCGUACUGCUGAAGAACAAUGGCGCCCUCCCCCUCACCUCCUCUCCAACCAACACCACCAUCGCCCUAAUCGGCCCGUGGGCCAACGCCACCACCCAACUCCAAGGCAACUACUACGGCACGCCCCCAUACCUCAUCAGCCCCCUCUCCGCCUUCGAGGCUGCCGGAUACACAGUCAACUACGCCCUGGGCACGGAAAUCUCCUCAAAAUCCACCGCCAACUUCUCCGCCGCUCUCGCGGCUGCCCAAUCCGCCGACGUGACCAUCUUCGCCGGCGGCAUCGACAACACCAUCGAAGCCGAAGCCCUAGACCGCGAAUCCAUCGCCUGGCCCGGCAACCAACUCAGCCUGAUCCAACAACUCGCCGACCAAAGCUACGGCAAACCUCUCAUCGUCCUACAAAUGGGCGGCGGACAAGUCGAUUCCUCCUCGUUGAAAAGUAACCCUAACGUCAGCGCCCUGAUCUGGGGCGGCUACCCAGGACAAUCAGGCGGCUAUGCCCUGCGGGAUGUCAUCACGGGGAAACACGCCCCCGCUGGCCGUCUCGUCACGACACAGUACCCCGCGUCCUAUGCGGACGCUUUCCCCGCCACAGAUAUGAACCUUCGUCCGGAUGGUGAUAACCCAGGACAGACAUAUAAAUGGUAUACCGGGACACCGGUGUACGAAUUCGGUCAUGGAUUAUUCUACACCACCUUCUCAGCCUCCACUAACGAGACAACCGGGGGCACGUAUAAUAUCCAGGAGAUCCUGUCCCAGCCACACUCGGGCCUGAAUUCCGUGGCGCAGAGCAUUUUUUUGAAUUUCACGGCUACAGUCACGAAUACAGGCGAUACCGCGUCCGGGUACACUGGUAUCGUUUUCGCGAAUACCACGGCCGGGCCGGCGCCGUAUCCGAAUAAGUGGGUGGUGGGGUUUGAUCGGUUGGGGGUUAUGAAGGGGGGUGAGACGCAGGUGUUUACUGUGCCGGUGACGGUGGAGAGCAUUGCUAGGGUAAGUGAGGCGGGGGAUUGGGUGGUUUAUCCCGGGAGGUAUGAGUUGGCGUUGAACAAUGAGCGCAGUGUUGUGGGGGAGUUUGAGUUGGUGGGUGAGGAGGCGGUGCUGGUGAAGUGGCCUAGUGAGUCGGGGUAG